GAUCUGCCCUGUAGAGUAUUACAUAAGGAGGAUAAAUAGCAGUACGUAACACCCCUAGAAUCCCUAAAACCCCCUACCGGGUAGUGAUCGGUAGCGUGUUUAGUGGCCCCUCACCUGCGGAAUGGGUGACCGGCAGUUUGUUCAUCUCUUCUACACAAUGCAAAGCUCUGCCGAAUAUUUUAUUCCGAUUCUUUGCCCGCUCUUCCAAGGGUUGGGUCUGGGACCUCCCUUUUGUUUCUUCUUCUUUUUGAUACCCUGUAUAUAUCAAUACUAUUUAUUUUAUAUAAUAAUAUAGCUCAACUUAUGAUUCCCAGUGUAAUACGUUAUUGAUCUGUCUUGUCUAGUUGAGAUAUUACCAUCUCGUGCGCGAAUAGCCUCGCUCCCUCAUUCGAAAUGGCUCUCCCUAAAGGACUAUCCUCCAUACUUACCAAAUCCCCUUCCGACACCGUCAUCUUAUCUUCUCUACGAACACCUAUUUGCCGCUCGUAUCGUGGUCAACUAAAAGAUGCUUACCCCGAGGAAUUGCUAUCGGUCGUCCUACGUGCCACCCUCGAUGCCAAUCCGAACCUCCCACCGGAAAAGAUAGACGAUGUAGCGGUCGGUGUCGUCCUCUCCGAACUCGGCGGUAGCAAGGCUGCUCGCAUGGCUAUGAACCAUGUCGGCUUUCCGAAUAGUACGUCCUUAUACACGGUUAAUCGCGCCUGUAGCAGUAGUCUGCAGAGUAUAGCGACGGUUGCGGGGCAGAUUCGAAGCGAUAUGAUAGGAGUUGGUAUUGCGGCUGGUAUGGAAAGCAUGACGAGGAAUUACGGUUCUAAAGCUAUACCUGUAGACCGUUGGCCGGAGUUGUCGGAGAGUCCGGUUAAAGAUGCGAGGGAUUGUGUUAUGCCUAUGGGUCUUACGAGCGAGAAUGUGGCACAAAGAUACGUUGUCGGGCGUAAGGAACAGGAUGAGUUUGCUGUCGAAUCGCAUCGUCGAGCUGCGAAAGCGCAGAGUGAAGGACAUUUCGAUCAAGAAAUCGUUCCGGUACAUACACGGUUUCAAGAAGUGGAUAAGCAGGGCAAUAAAGUCGGCGAAGAGAAGCGGAUUGAAGUUACAAAAGACGAUGGUAUUAGGACGAAUGCGACAGUCGAAGCUCUUGCUAAGCUCAAGCCUGCGUUCAAGGAAGAUGGUGCGAGCACGGCGGGGAAUUCGAGUCAGGUGAGUGAUGGAGCGGCCGCUACGUUAUUGAUGCGCCGGAGUACGGCGACUGAGUUGGGCUUGACGUCGAAUAUCAUUGGGAAGUUCGUAGCAGCCACCACGAUAGGUUGCGCACCUGAUGAGAUGGGUAUCGGGCCGGCGAUAGCUAUUCCCAAGCUUCUGAACCAACUCGGUAUCGAGACAAAGGACGUAGAUCGUUGGGAAAUCAAUGAAGCAUUUGCCAGCCAGUCUAUUUACUGCGUGAGAGAGCUUGGGUUGGAGAAGGAUUGGGAACAGGGUAAAGUAAACCCUGACGGAGGUGCCAUUGCGUUAGGUCACCCGCUCGGUGCUACGGGUGCGAGAAUGACGAGUACAUUGCUACACGGCCUUGGGAGAAGCGGAGGAGAGGUCGGUGUUGUGAGUAUGUGUGUUGGUACUGGGAUGGGUAUGGCUGGUCUGUUUGUGAAGGAAUAGACAAUAUCCAUCUUUGUGUAUUUACGACCGAAAAUACACGCUCGCAAACCUGGCAAGCUCUUUGUUCCGAUAAUAGAGGAUCCCGCGUUCCUAUUACGAAAGGUGUUUCUUUGAUAAUAGAAGCUACAUCGAGGGAACAGGAGGCCGCAAAAUUGGUGAGACAAGUGAGCUGAUCCCAUUCUUCAGGCUGCUUCCGGAGAGUUGUCACAAGGAAUACCCAACGUAUUACCUACCUAUCUAGGGUAU